AUGUUACGCAUAAAACGCAACAUGAUGGAAAAAAUGGAUAAAAGAUUACCAGUUACAAAGCCCAUUGUUGCAGCAGCACUAUUGGAUAACCGCUUUAUGAGUCUGACUGAAAUUGAUUCAUUUCUAGAAAACGAGAAUAUGACCAGAAUAUCCUUCCUUUCCUCGUACAUUAGAGAAGUCAUAAAUGUCAAUAACGAGCCAGAGGCUUUAGCCGAAAAUGCAGGCAAUACAAGCACCAGCAAUGUAACCGGUUUUGCCGGUUUCAAGGUAAUCCAAUAG